CAGUUCAUAUGCGGCUCAAUCUAAAACUUUGGUAGACCCAUCUCACCCAACGCGGUUUCCAUUUCUUUGAAUCGCCUGGCAAUGCCGACAUCUCCCAUUGGGGACUGAGAAAGCUGGUUUGAUUAGCUGAACAGCAUUAAAGAAUUGAUUUGCAUUUCCUUUGAGCUCGAGCUUCAUUAAUGGCGUUGUCGAUGUUAAUUUGAAUUGACUGAGUUGGUGGCGGGACUACUGCAACUGAAAUUCCAAUGGAAUUCCGUCUCUCCUUGGUCCUCUUUCUGGUUUCUCUCCCUGCAAUUUUAGCUCAAGAAUUUGGAAAAGCUAAUAAUGUUGAAAAUGUUAAGGUUGUGGUUAACGGCAUUUUAUCUGUUGCACGAGUUGACAAUAACUUUGUUUGUGCCACGAUUGAUUGGUGGAAUAAUGAAAAGUGCAACUACGGCCACUGUCCAUGGGGACAUUCAUCCGCGUUAAAUUUGAACUUGUCUCAUCCUUUGCUAGCCAAGUCAAUCCAAGCUUUCGAUCAGUUGAGAAUCAGAAUUGGAGGUUCCUUGGAAGACCAACUAUUGUACAAUGUUGGAAAUUUGAAAUAUCCUUGCCAUCCUUUCAGAAAGCUGGAGAAUGGCUUGUUUGGAUUUUCUAGAGGAUGUUUAAAUAUGAGUAGAUGGGAUGAGUUGAACCAGUUUUUCAGCAAAACAAGGUCCAUCGUCACAUUUAGCUUGAAUGCACUGUUGGGGAGGCACCACAAAGGCGGGGGAGUUUGGGUAGGAGAAUGGGACUCUAGCAACGCUUAUGAUUUUAUUAAUUAUACCGUCUCGAAGAGAUACGAGAUAGAUUCAUGGGAAUUUGGAAAUGAGCUCAGUGGAAGUGGUAUUGGAGCUAGUGUUGGAGCUGGACAAUAUGGAAGAGAUUUGAUCAAGCUUAAACACAUCAUCAACCAUUUGUACAAUGAGUCCGUUGCUAAACCUGCACUUAUGGCACCUGGAGGAUUCUUUGACCAAUCAUGGUUUGCCAGGCUUCUUCAGGUUACUGGUUCUGGCACAGUCGAUAUCAUCUCUCAGCAUAUCUACAAUCUGGGUGCAGGUGUUGAUCCCAAGUUGGUGAAAAAAAUAUUGAAUCCCCAUUACUUGAAUCAUGCAUACGGGCUGUUCCAUGAUCUUGAACUAACUGUGAAAAAGAACGGUCCUUGGACUUCUAUAUGGGUUGGAGAAGCUGGAGGGGCCUACAACAGCGGUGGUCGUAAUGUGUCUGACACAUUUGUGAACAGCUUUUGGUACUUGGAUCAGCUCGGAAUGUCAGCAAGGCACAAUACCAGAGUAUAUUGCAGGCAGUCUCUAGUUGGUGGGAACUACGGUCUUCUCAACAAAACAUCUUUUGUUCCUAACCCUGAUUACUAUAGUGCACUUCUCUGGCAUCGUCUUAUGGGACAAGGAGUUCUUAGUGCUCACAACAACGGUUCAGCAGAUUUACGCACUUAUGCCCAUUGUACAAGGGGAAGAGCCGGUAUAACUCUACUCCUCAUCAACUUGAGCAAUGAGACUACUUUCAUUGCCAAUGAUGAAAACAUUUUGGACACCGAUUUGGGUGCUCACACAAGAAACAUUAGCAAAGAAAGUUAUUUCAAGCGCGGCCUGAAGAGAACGGUGUCAUGGGUAGGACGCAAAGCGUUAGAUGAAGCAAUUUGCAGAGAAGAGUACCAUUUGACACCAAAAGAUGGGGACCUCAGAAGCAAAACCAUGAUUCUCAACGGAGCGCCAUUGGAGAUCACCAAGGACGGAAACAUCCCAGAAUUGGAACCCGCUCGUGUUGACAUGAAAGCUCCGUUAACAAUCGCCCCGUUGUCCAUCAAGUUUGUGGUGUUACCUUACUUCGAUGCGCAAGCUUGUCUAUGAUUUUUGUGUGCUCAACCCAACCAUGACUUACGUUUAAUUUUAGGUAGCAGACACCUAAAAGUUGCAGGAAUUUUUUAGGCAAAUGGAAAUUGUAAUUUUGUGCAAUAAAACAAGGCAAAUAAGUACCUUCGUCAUAAGUGAUAUUUUGUAUUCUUUUUAUGUUGUAAUCUUUUCUGUUAAAUUGAAAGAGUUUAUAAUAAGUUACUUGCGUUUA